GCAUCAGUGUUUUAUAUACUGAUCAAGUCAGGAGUUUUCUAUUUAAAUUUGGAAUGUGUUGUUUUUUUUCAAAAAAGUAAAGACAUCGUAUGCUGAUCAUCGUCAUUGGCAUUAAGCACAGCAUCUCUCUGUAGGCGCAUCGACCUGACAGGAAAGCAUGACAGGUGCUGCCCAGCUUCUCCUGCUGUGCUGCCUCCUGCAAGGUGGUUUAUGCCAGAACUGGGCAAGCUUCAUGCCUCAGAGCCUGGAGGGACUCAGUGGGUCCUGUUUGAUGAUCCCCUGCACUUUCAGCAUUAACAUUUCAUUUGAUCAAUACCUGAUUGAUAACUGUGUAGCCAUUUGGAACACAGGCGGGCCGUUUGGUCAAACGGUGUUCAACUCUGGUCUCACUGGACAAAGUACAAACGGAAACAUUCUGCAAGGAAACCUGACGGGAAACCUGCGUGCAAAGAAUUGCACCACCGUCUUCCACACUAUGUUGCCACAAGAUAAAAACACAUAUUACUUCAGAGUGCAGUGUAACAACAAGUUGAAGUACAGCUUUCCAACAAACGCCACCAUCAUCACCAUCACAGAUUCACUUCCUAAACCGGCCAUAACUCCACCCCCGGUCGAGGUGGAGGAAGGAGAUCCAGUGAGGUUGGAGUGCUCGGCUGUAGCUCCCUGCCCCCUUCUUCCCCCGGCUCUCACUUGGACCCCUGCUAUCGGCGACGUUGAGGAGAACCAACAAAGUGCAUCCGUGAGCUCCGUUCUGAACUUCACUGCUUCCCGCCUCUACAACGGACAGAGGUUACAGUGCUCUGCUUUCUACAGACGACAGGCUGGACACAGUGACCUUCAGUAUGAAAAUAAUCUGACCCUCCGCAUUCUUUAUCCUCCAAACAACACGUCGGUCAGCCACUCGGGUCCCGUGAUAGAGGGCACCUCGGUCAACUUGACCUGCAACACUGACGCAAAUCCGGCCGUGGACGAGUUCACCUGGUACAAAGUGGAUGGAGGUCAGGUGGUGGCUGUGGGUUUCCACGCUUUGCUCUCCACUAAUGUCUCAGAGGCGGACAGCAGGUUCUUCUGCCAAGUCAGUAACAGAUAUGGAAGCCAGAACUCGUCCACCACUCAGAUAGACGUACAGUUUCCUCCCAAGGGAACCACAGUCAUUGUCCAACCCGACGGUCCCAUACUGGAGGGCGUCUCCGUUUCUCUGCUCUGUAAGAGCCGUGCGAACCCCCCCGUGACCAACUACACCUGGUACAAAGAUGAUGAGGAGGAGGAGGAGGAGCCUGGGUCGAGCUUGAAUCUGGGGGCCGUGGACCCGAGCCACAGCGGUCUCUACCGCUGUAAGGCCAGAAACGAUCUGGGGGAGGAUCAGUCAGCAGCAAUCCAGCUGGACAUUCAGUAUCCCCCUAAGAACACCUCGGUGUCAGUCGACCCCUCUGGUCCGGUGCCGGAUGGCAGCUCCGUCACUCUGACCUGCACCAGCGUCGCCAAUCCAGCAGCAGCCAACUUCAGCUGGUUCAGAGUUGCCGGAGGAGAGAAGGAGCUGAUAAGCUCGGAGCGAGACUUCACUUUCAAUGUGACCAAACUCUCGCACAACCAGUACGUCUGUAAAGCUCUGAAUGUCCACGGAGACGAUGACUCAGAGCUCGUCAGUCUUGAUGUCACAUUUGCUCCACAGAUUCUGCCUUCUUCACGCUGUGUCAGCAUUGGUUCCCUGAUACGAUGUGACUGUAACAGCCAGGGGAACCCUCCUCCCUCCCUUUUUUGGGAAUUGUCUGGGAAGGCUGUCGAUCACUCUGUCAUCCCAACCAGGGAAGUUCCCCUUGGGAGUUUGGUUAUGUGGAGCCAAAUCACCGUGAACUAUUUGGACGAAGACGUGCUCUCUCUAGUCUGCCUUAGUAACAACUCUGUGGGCUCCGAUCGCUUCGUAUUCAACGUGUCCUCCACCAACACUACGCCAGGCCUCUAUCCUUUGUCUCUAUUAAUCGGCUCUUUGGUGGGAGCCAUCGGGACGAUGCUGGUGUGUGGGCUCAUGUUACUGUUCUUCUUCAGAAAAGGAAAAAUACGUCUUCCAACAAAGAAGAGAUCGCAGAACAACGUUGUAGUUGCUGAUGAGACCAGCUCAUCAAAAGUCAGUGUGAUUUAUGACAAUAAAGCCAUUCUGGAAGAGAAUGAGGAAGAAUCUCUUCACUACGCCAGUCUGGACUUUGCUAAACUCAAGGAUAAUUCAAGGGGUGAGCUCGGGGAAGAGGAGGUCAGAGGCCUGGCCUCUAAGACGUCUGAGUAUGCUGAGGUCCGUCUGUCCUCCAGAGGAAGCAAUUGAGGACACACAGGAAGGAGGAAGAGACGGAGGCUGACGUCCAUCAGGGGGAAGGGAUGUUGUCAUAGGAACAGGACUUUAUCGUAUCAGCAGAGCUGUGGAGAUAGAAACCACACUGCAGGCCUUCUUAUGCAACUUAAGUAAUGCCUCACACUCGCGGCUUCAAGCUUAGCUCUCAACUUUUGCCACUUUAUUUCAUUAUCUCGUGUCUCUUUCCUAAAAAAUGCACAGAAGAAGAACCGUAGAAAUGAAAAACAUUUAGUGUUCCACCAUCCAACAGUAAAUGCUGCCUGUAAAGUCACUGCUGAUGCUUUUCUACGUCUCUCACUUCAAUAGAGUCACAUUUGUCA